AUGAAAAGCUCCCCAUUCUCCUUAGCAUUUGAUGGUUCAGACCUACUUUUCUCCAAUCUCAUCCUUUUAUUCUUCCAUUCAAGAGAGAAAUUACAAGAAUCGUCUUCUCCAUCGGUCCCCCACCAUCGUCUCUCAAACUGUAAGAUACACACACCAUCCUCUUCGUUUGCCUUCAACCAUUCUGAACCAUCAUUCACAAACGUAAACUCUGCUGUCGUAUUUGAAGAACACCCUAGAUACCUACCAGAUCAUAUCAUCAUUCAACAAAUAUCACCAUCUCUCUCUGUCUCCCUUGAUCAUGAAACCAAAACCACAACAACAGCGAUUUACCUCCACAAAUCCCUCAUAUUCGACACCCUAUUUUGGGGGUUUUUUAUUUCAUGGAAGCGAAAUACUCCUCCUCUACCAUUUGGUUCUCUCCAGGUCUUCGAGUUCUAAUAGGUUUGAAUUUUCUUUUUUUGGCUUUUAAAAUCAACAUGUUCACGUAUACAUAUAUUUUUGUAUUUGAGUUCUCAUAGGUUUGAGUUUUAUUUAUGCUUGUAUUUUAUGGGGUGGAAUACAUGGCCUUGAUUGGCUAUAACCUAUUUUGGGUGUGAGAUUACACUUUUGAGCGAAUCAUAUUGAAGAGGCAUAGUUCGUGAGCUAGGGAAUUGCUUCCCAUCUCCGGUCUUUUUCGGUCGGUGUUACCUCCCUGCCCAACUCCUCUUUCAUUGUUUCCAUUACUGAAAUAUUAAUAAAGGUGUUUGUGCAAUUUCUGCGGAAUUGAUGAUGUUUUGAUUCAGGUAAAGUUUCAUUAGUGUGUUUAAUUAGUUUUUUAUAGCACUUAGUUUUACAAACUUUUAGUAAGGUUCUGUCCUUUGUAAGAUUUACCUAUUAAUAAUAUCGUGUUUUCACUGUUUUUUUUUAUGUAAUAGCGAAUGUUGUUUUGUAUUUUUAUGCAAUUUUUCUAAUUGGAUGGUUUUUUACGGUACCAUGUGCUAUUAAGAAUAAUUCAAGAAGAAUGUUAAUGAUAAAAAAAUCCAUGAAAGUUUGUUACUAUUAGUUGCAGUUAACACUGAUCUCUUUUUAGUGAUGUUGAAUAAUCGUUUUUUUUUUUUCUUUUGUUAGCUGUGUUGGUACAGAAAAAUAUUACACAGAAAAUGGGUAUUUUGUUUUGACCUUGGCUUGGUAUUACUACUCAAAGACAAACUAGGAGGGUUCAUAAUUUACAUGUGUAUUGUUUGUAAAUAUUUCAAUGGUUUCCUGCUUUUACCUUUUUUAAUGCCCAUUAUUUUUUAAAAUGUUCUGCUGUUUAAAUAAUAAAAGUUUUAAAUUAAUAUUUACUAUUGUUUGCUGCUUUUACCUUUAAUUUGUAAAGUAGGUAAAUUUCGUAAAUUUAUUAUUGUUGUUUGGUAUGUAAUUCGACUGCCUCUAUUUUUGACAUUAGGAGUUUGUGAAUUUUUAUAUUUAGCAACAUUAAGUAAAUAUUUUGGAUAACUCUGAAUUUUUAUUAAACCCGGC